AUGGCCCAACACUACUUCGACUACGAACUCCGUCCGGACAUCGGCGAGGCAGGAACCUACUUCUACCACUCUCAUGUUGGCUUCCAAGCCGUCUCCGUGACCGGUCCGUUGAUUGUCGAGGAACAAACUGGCACUCCUCCGUAUCAAUAUGACGACGAGAAAACCAUCUUUCUCACCGAGCUGUUCAACUACACCGACUCGAUGGUCGUCCAAGGCAUAACCGCUCCCUUGGCGAACUUUUCCUGGCCCGGCGAAGCAGCCUCCAUCCUCGUCAACGGACAAAACUACCCCGGGCUCCUCGCCAACGAAACGCAAACCUCCCAACCCUGGUCCAAACCAAACCCGUCCAUUUCACGACCCUGCGGACCGGCAGUCAUCACCGUCCAGCCGGACCAGACGUACCGCAUGCGCACCAUCGGCGGCGUAGCCCUAAGCCCCCUAGUCUUCGGCAUCGAAGACCACGACAACCUGACCAUCAUCGCAGCCGACAGCCACUACACGGAGCCUGCGUCGACAAACAUGAUCCAGAUCGGCUCGGGCCAACGAUACGAUUUUCUUCUGCGCACCAAGUCCGCAGACGAACUGCGUCGGGCCGGAAGAUCGCAGUUCUGGAUCCAGUUCGAGACGCGGUUUCGUCAGCAGCGGAAUACGUUCUAUGCUUUGCUUGUUUACGAAGGGCUCGGAAACGGAUCUAAUAACUAUAUAGAUGGCGAUAAUCAUACGAUUCCGAGUCAUCCACCGGCACAGAAACCCUUGGCAUUGCCCAUCCACACGCAGUCCUGGAUGGAAUAUACCCUGCAACCUCUAAACGAUAAUAACUUCCCUCCUGCAGAGCAAGUCACUCGGCAGAUCGUCCUCCGGUCUGCACAGCUCGUCUCCCCCAGUGGAUCUACCUGGACCGUCAACAACCACACCUGGACCGAACGCCACCGACGCGAGGAAGCCACCAACACAAGUCGCAAAUCAACCUCUCACCCAGAAACCCCCUACCUCGUCCAAAUCUACCAAAACCACGAAAGCGCAAUCCCAGACUUCAACAACGCAAUCCGUCACCACUCCGGCCGCGACCCAGCACUCAACGUCUACCCCGCCCGGAUCGGCGAAAUUGUCGACAUAAUCCUACUCAACGAGCCGAAUGGCCGCUCUGGAGGGUUCGAUACGCAUCCGUGGCAUAUACACGGCGAUCACGUGUAUGAUCUAGGCAGUGGGCGGGGGACGUAUAAUGCGACGGAAAACGAACGCAGGUUGAAGGGGUAUCGGCCGGUGUUGAGGGACACGACGUUUUUGUUUAGGGAUAAUACCACGGGAGAGGAUGUUGGGAUGGGGAAUGAGUAUACGAGUCAGGGGUGGAGGGCUUGGAGGUUGAGGGUGCAGAAUGCUGGGUAUGUUUCUAUCUAUCAACUUCCCCCCCCCCCCCCCUCCUGCUUUCUUGCGCACUUGCGGUGUCCUUGA